AUGCAUCGAGUUUCGGAUGUUCCGGUCAUUCUGUUUAAUCCAUACUUAACAUGUAAUCUUUGCCGAGGCUAUUUAAUCGAUGCCACGACAAUUGUUGAGUGUCUACACUCUUUCUGCCGCAGUUGUAUUUUGACUUAUCUCAAACUGAAUACAACAUGCCCGGUCUGUGCGACACUUUUGCACAAAACCAAACCACAUUGCGCAAUUCGGCCUGAUCGUGCACUACAGUCCAUCGUUUACAAGCUUAUACCGAAUUUAUUUGAGAAGGAAAUGCUAUGUAGAAGAAAAUUUUAUGAGGAUCAUCCUUCAUGUUACACCCGAUCUUUAAGUCCUGAAAAACGUGGUGAUUUAACCCUGAAUACUUAUGUACUCCAAGAAGAAGAUCGUCUAAGCGUUGAACUUCGGUACUGGAAUCAAAACGAACAUAAGAAUAAUGGUUGCUCAAGUAAAACUUCUAGUCAAACAGAUUCAAUUAGCCCGAUACUGCCUGUUAUCCCCCCUACAUUUUUACUCUGUCCACCUGAACUUACAGUGGGACAUAUUGAAAAGCUGAUUCGAAUGAAGUUCAAUCUUAAACCCAGUGAGCAUGAGGUUUCUGUUUUCUUUUCAGUCGACGAUCUUUUUAAUUCUAACUAUACACUAUCAGAUCUUGCCUGCUUGUAUGCGUGGCGUCGCCAACAGCCAUUUAAAUUAUAUUUUACAAUAAAAGAAACAUCAAGGCAUGGAUUUUCUGUGUUUAUGGAAUCGCAACCCCCUUCAACAUCGAGUAAUUUAACUCAUAGUAUUCUGGAAAAAUUUAAAAUAUGUCCUCAGAAUAAUAAUUCAUCUUGGUCUGUAAAAUCCAAAUUCAGAAAUUUCCCCACAAAUUCCCUUCGUAAAAGACAUGUGAAUAACUCUGAUGAUGAAAUGGAGACUACUACACUUGAAGUCUCUGCGCCAAACUCACAAAUCUCAUCACAAUCAUCCUGUAAAAUAUCACUUCCAACACAGUUCAUAAAAUCUAUAAGCUUAUCAUCUCCUAUGCUCAAUACUUCAAGUUCUGUUUGUUCUUCGCUAGCCUAA